AUGGAAAAUUCAAAAACUAAGAAAGGAAAAACUACCCAUACGAGGUACCCUGCACCAUAUUCAUGGUCGCAUACAGGAUCCUACGAGAGAAAGACUAUGAGAAAGAGCGCUUCGUCCUAUGAAACGCAGCGUAAAAUGAAAUUCUGCAAACCUAAAGGGCCUACUACUGGCUGUGAUCCUUACGCAUCUCAUCUGAAGUAUGGAAUAUUCCCGAGACGCUCCAAGGAAGCGGACGAAUCCAAACUGCGUUUAAACAAGACUCCAUCGGUACAUCAAAGUGGUCAAACGCCAAAUAUUGGACAAUCCGACGAACCAUACUUCAUAAUACGUCCGCUGGACAAGCGCUUCACCAGGCAGCUGUGCGUGUCUGAAACGUGGCACGUCGAUAUUCAGCCCCGACUGAAAUCCCCAAUACGGGCCAGCUCAUCUUUUCGAUUCAAUAAAAGAAAUUGA